AUGCCGGACACCCCAGGGGGCUGCCCGCCUCGGCCUCCCGACUCGGCCCUCAUCUACAGCAACGUGGGAGAACUGCGCGCCCACCUCGUCCCCCGCAAAGCUAGCCGAGGGGAAGGAGCUGGAAGACCCCCUUGUCAGCCUGACCGGGACCCCCGGCCUCCCCCAUUGCCAAAAAAGCACCUCCAGCGAGCGGAAUCCCUCCCGGAACAGGGCCAUCCCGGCACUGUCAGGGUGACCCCACACCAUGGGCCGGUGGCCGCCCUGGCCCGGCUCUCGGCUCGCAUCCAGGAGGAGCUCAUGGGGCCAGAGGACCGGCAGCAGCUCCUGGAGGCAGAGCUGGUGGGGAAGAGAUGGGCAGCGCUCAGCAUCCUGGACCGGGAGCCAUGCUGCGAAAGCGGAGACGCUUGGUAUUACCGUGUGGGCUUCACUUUUGGGCAAACCCAGCUGGUGUUUGCAGCCAAGGUCCUCAAGCCAGGCUGUGCCAGCCUGGGGAUGCAGAGCUCCCUCGGAACGCACUGCAGCAUCCAGCGCCUGAUCAGCCGCUUCACGGACCACCUCCCUUGGGAGCUCGUGCUCCCGGGAAGCCCUGGGGAGCAGAGUCGGUCCCCUUCCAGAGAGGAGCCAGCUCAUCUUGCCACCCGCCCUGUCCUGCAGACCCUUAUUUCUCCUGAGGUUCCCUAUCAGACCCUGGCAGGCUUUGUGAAAGGAUCCCAAGGUUUGCAUAGGACCAGCCCCGGGCACUACGAACGCCUGGCUUGCCUCCUCCUGCUGCAGGUGUGCAUGGGGCUGGAGCACCUCCGGGUGCAGAAUGUGGGGCAGGGGGACCUCUGCCCUGAGAACCUGCUGCUGGUGCGGUGCCCUUGUCCUCCCCAGAGCCUGCAAGGCAAGGAGGCGUCCCUGGCCCUUCCAAGGCUGCUCAUCAGCAGUUUCUUCAAGGUUAAAGACAAGGGAAGACCUUGUUCUACCAGCCAAGAGCAGGACUGGACCGAGGGGCUUGCUGCACUGCCCUCCCCGGUGACAGAUGAGCUGAACGUAGGCAUGCUGAUCUAUUACAUCUUGCACGCGGAUAUCACUCUGGAAGACGCCCUGGGGUUCCGAAGCAAUAGACUUCCUGAAAUGUCCUCCCUCUCCAUCUAUUCCACGGGACUCAAGCGUCUGGCCAUGCUGCUUCUCCACAGAGAUCCCGGCAAGAGGGUCUCCAUCGAGCAGGCAAAGAGCAUCCUGCAGGUCCUGCUCUGGGGGCCUCGCCAGGAGCUCUUCGCCAGGAGCAAGAAGACCCUCACUCUGCUCCGGAGCUGGGUGGAGGUGAAGAGGGCUCUGCUGCUCCUGAAGUUUGCAGAGAAUUCGGCUGGGGAAGGGGCGAGCCUCAGCCUCGAGGAGUGGCUGUGCUGCCAGUACUUCAAGGAGGUCACGGAACAAACGCUUUACCAAGUGACCCAGGCUCUCUACACUCCCUAA